CUCUCUCUCUUUCUCUCUCAGUUUCUUCAUACUUUAUCUUCUUUUUUUAUUUGUUCAUAUUUGAGCGCUUAUUGUUGGAUUUUCUUAGUUAGCAUAAGAUAUAUGAUGAAAGACUUGUUGUUUCAUCAACAACAGCAGCAAGUUGUGUUGGAGGAGAACAUGACCAACUUGACUUCUGCAUCUGGGGAAGCAAAUGUUUCUUCAGGUCAGUACUUAGCUCCACCAGUUCCUCAACCUCAGCUGCCUCCAGCAAAGAAGAAGAGAAACCUCCCUGGAAACCCAGACCCAGAUGCAGAAGUGAUAGCUUUAUCUCCCAAAACACUUUUGGCAACAAACAGAUUUUUGUGUGAGAUCUGCAACAAAGGGUUUCAAAGAGAUCAGAAUCUGCAGCUUCACAGAAGAGGCCAUAAUCUGCCAUGGAAGCUGAAGCAGAGAACAAACAAAGAGGUGAGGAAGAAGGUGUAUGUGUGUCCAGAACCAGGUUGUGUGCACCAUGACCCAUCAAGGGCUCUUGGUGACUUGACAGGAAUCAAGAAGCACUUUUGCAGAAAACAUGGGGAGAAGAAGUGGAAAUGUGAGAAAUGCUCGAAGAGGUAUGCAGUUCAAUCAGAUUGGAAAGCACACUCCAAGACCUGUGGCACUAAGGAGUAUAGAUGUGACUGUGGCACCCUCUUCUCAAGGUAACAAACCCAAAAUCACUUUUUGAAAUUAAUGUAUUUAUACAUCAAACCCCAUGUCCCUAUUUGAGAACAAACAGUCAAAUCUUCAUAAUAAACUACGUUCCAUUGA